UCUCUCCGUCCAUCAGCUUUUCUGUCUUCCUCACACUUUUGUGAGCUCUAAAGCGAGUCGUGCUGAGGUCGGCGACGCCAAGGGGAGAAGCAGCGGAGCUGGAGGGGCCCUGGCUUGACCCAGAGUGAGCCAGGAGAGCGGGCGUGUGCUCUGAGGGAACUUUCUUUUCUGAUAAAAGGGCUGAAGAUUAAGAACACAUUGAAAUAUGUUGGAUGCGGAUACAGGGAUCGUAGAAGAUUGGUUAUCAGAAUUCAAGACAGUGCCAGAAGCAUCUAUAGCAAGUUAUGCUAAAAAUUUGAAAGACAAGAUUUCCCUGGUUUCAUCUCUAUAUAAAGUUAUUCAAGAUCUACAAAGUGAGCUGCUGGAACCAGUCUGUCACCAGCUGUUUGAAUUUUAUCGCAGUGGUGAGGAACUUCUGCUGCAGUUCACACUUCAGUUUCUUCCAGAAUUGAUAUGGUGCUAUCUUGCUGUUUCUGCUAGUAAAGACCUACAAAGCAGUGGCUGCAUAGAAGCACUUCUACUAGGAGUUUACAAUUUGGAAAUAGUUGACAAACAGGGGAACAGUAGGAUCCUAAGCUUUACAAUUCCAUCUUUAUCUAAACCUUCAGUAUAUCAUGAACCUUCCAGUAUUGGUUCAAUGGCUCUUACUGAGGGUGCUUUAUCUCAACACGGCUUAUCCAGGGUUGUAUAUAGUGGACCUCAUAUGCAGAGAGAAAUGUUAACAGCACAAAACAGGUUUGAAGUAUUGACAUUCCUUUUGCUGCGUUACAAUGCUGCCUUAAGCUAUAUGCCUGCAGUUUCUCUUCAGUCGUUGUGUCAGAUCUGUUCAAGAAUCUGUGUUUGUGGGUACCCUCGCCAGCAAGUAAGAAAAUACAGAGGCAUAACCAGCAGAAUUCCAGUCUCCUCUGAAUUCAUGGUGCAGAUGUUAACAGGGAUUUAUUAUGCUUUUUAUAAUGGAGAAUGGGAUCUGGCUCGCAAAGCAAUGGAUGAUGUUUUAUACAGAGCACAAUUGGAGUUAUAUCCAGAACCACUAUUGGUAGCUAAUGCAAUAAAAGCUUCAUUGCCUCAAGGUGCCAUAAAAUCUAACAAAGAAGGUACAAAAUGUAUUCAGGUUGAAAUUACUCCUACUGCAUCUAGAAUAUCAAGAAAUGCUGUGACCAGCAUGUCUAUUCGGGGCCAUAGAUGGAAAAGGCAUGGUAACGAAUUAGGAAUUCCAGAAGAAGAAUUAAUAGAAGUAUCUGAAGUUGAUGAAGGUUUUUACUCUAGGGCUACUUCUACUACAAGUCAUUCUACUUCAUCAAAAAGUAGCAACAACACCAGUAAUAAAACAAUAAUGGGCAAGAGUCAACGAAGGCCUGGAGGAAACAAAGUUGGAGGAAAAGAAAAAGAAAUGACAGCUGAAUUCUACAAAGAACAUUUAUCUCGCAAACAAAAUCAAAGGGCAAUGAGUGAAAAUCUAGAGCUUCUCUCUUUAAAGAGGCUGACCCUAACUAGCAGCCAGUCCUUGCCGAAAUCAGGAAGUCAUAGCUUGGCUAGAACUAGCACCACACUUUUUAGUAAAUCCUUUGAGCAGGUCAGUGGUGGUGUUAUCCCAAGUAAUCACAAUGGCACAGAAACAAAUAGGCUUUCAGUGUGUAGUUUGCAAGAAGGGAAUUUGAUAUUUGAAACUGAAAGAAUAGACCUUCCUGUUUCAAACAAACAGACUAAUCAACAGCGGUUACCUACUAUCAGCAUUACUCUCUCAACAGAUUAAUAAACACCUAGCAAAUGUUGCAGUGUAAAAGAGGGGCCAUUCAAUGAUGGUACCACAUGUUAGGAUCCCUCAAGCUCUUUUUUUAAUCAACUAAAUUGUUUCAAAAGUUACUUUUAUUUUAAAAUAGUUGCCUAAAUUGUUUGAUGAUUAAAUAUUAAAAUGGAAUAGCAUGGAUCAUUCUGUAAAUACUUUACAGUAUUGAUGUUUCAAUAUGUGGGACAUUUUAGGAAUUAAUUUGCUCAGCAGAUAAGUUGUACUGGAAAAUGAUUACAUGAUAGACCUCUAUCCGAUGAAAUCUUUAAUAUUGUGCUAUUUCUGGAUUCUGAACUUUAUUUCAAAAAUAAUUGGCUGGGGCCUAGAAUUGGUUUGUCAGUUCCAUAGUCACAGCAAGAACAUUCUUUCUUUGGUCCCCUGAAAAGGGUUAUUCUAAGUGGCAGCUAGUAUCUGGAAAACAAUAUUCAGUUCUGUGCACAUAAUCUGUACCUAAAUAAAACAAUGUGCCACUAUUGUGCCAUUACUGAACAAUGUUCAGACUACUAUUUUCAAAUUACAACUUAAAUUACUGCUACAGUAUUCAAGUGUACGUAAAUUUUUUCUGCCCUGUGUAGUAACCGAGCAAUGAAUACUUUUUUAGUAUAUAGUGUGUACAUAUUAUUAUUUUCUAGAGAAGAGAAUAAUAAUAUUUUUUUAUCUUUUCCACCAUACCAGCCCUGGACUGCUAAUACUUUGUGCUGGCCUAUCUUGAUAUGAUUGACUCAGCUGCCACCUGUAUAUUGGGUGUCACAUUUAUACCAUGACUAAAAUGGGUGUAAUUCAGUGUUUGUAUAGCUUUAAGUGUACAGCUUGUAGUGUUGUAAAAUAGUACUUUGGGCUUAGGAUAUGGGUCUCUGUAUAGGCCUAAAAUCUAGUGCACAAAAGAUGGAAGAGGAAAAAGUUACUAAUUUCUCCUUUUCAUCUGUAGAGGGCUACAGUUCUACUUUUAUAGUGCCGGUAAGUUCAAAAUGAUUUGAGGGAAACUAAUUUUUCGGCCCUGGAGUCUGUAAACCCAACCAAGAAACAAUAGUGGCUUCUAUUUUCUUCUGAAAAUUGAAUAGAGAGA